UGACAACCGGCAUUUCUUGUUUUUGUGUGAUCGGUUUUUAUUUUUCUACAAAUUUCUCUUGUUGAUUUAUUCGUUUUUUGUUUUAUUGCAUUAUCAUUGAACUUCGUGUAGCAUGGAUAAGCCAGAUUGUAAAUAUGGAGCUUCGUGUUAUCAAAAAAAUCCGGCUCACAAAGAAAAAUUCCGGCACCCCCCGAAAGACAACAGUAAAGAUCAAGAGCUUGACAACACGUCUCCUAGAAAAGACUCACCAGCAUCAUCAUCGAAGCGUAGAUCCAAUUCUCCAGAUUUAUCAGACUCUGUUAUCGAAGAGAUUAAGAAAUGCAAACGUCCACCGACACCAGAAAAGGACCAUAAUAGUAAAGAAGAACGGGAUAAAAAUCACGAAUAUUACGGUAUGACAAGGCAACGAUACACUCUGCCCGAGGUUCCAAUGGAUGUCGGAUUGAUGAGCGAUAUCUAUGAUCCACAAAUCGAAUUUUCUAAAAAAGCAGAAUAUAAGGAACUAUGUGAAAAUUCAAAGAUGUUCAUAAAGCAUAAAUUUCUGGUUGAUAUGCCUGACUGUUUCGAUUCUCUGUGGAAGUUUUGUGAAUCGAAGGAUACUGAGAAGCCAGCAGAAAUAUUUGAAAAACUUGGACUUCAGCUGGUAGGUCCGUUCGACGUUUUAGCCAAAAAGUUUGAUGAAGCUAAAAUACACGAACCUGGUGAUUAUUUGAGACACUGGCGAUUUUAUUUCGAUCCGCCAGAGUUUCAAACCGUACUCGUUAAGAAAAAAUCCGGCUUACACUAUGGGUACUGGCGGGAUAGUCCUGAUGACAUCAGUGGAUUGGUGGCUGUCAACGAUGCAAGCAAGGGCUGUGAAUUUAGGAUGGUUGGUCAGAAUGUAUUCGAUGCCGUUAUGCAUUAUCUUGAGCACGAAGUUACGGUGACACCUUUCAACAAAUCACAAAUCACGUUUAUGAAAAAGUCGUUGGAAGAGUGGUGCAAGGAACGCAGUAUUGAACUAAAAGGAAGCGAUAAACUUAAAACACGUGAAAAAGCUGUGGUCUGCAAAACAUUUCAUAAGAUCGGUAUUGUAGUCCCAUUCGAUCGAAAAACUGAAUUGGGCUAUCGCCAAUUGUUGGAAAGUGAUGCUAAUUUGAAAAAAAUUCUAGCAAAAUUCGAUGGAAUUGACAAGCGAAACGAUAAAUCUGGUUUCGACACUGUAAUGAGUGAGCUGCAGCCUAUAGUUACAGCAGCCUUUAUUGCUGUCGAUGAGUGUGACUUUGGCACAGCUUUAGAGCUUGCAGUCGAUUUGUUCUGUCACGGUACCAUCAGUUUGCAUGAUGUUAUGAAGCCACUUUUUGUAACAGCGUAUUCAAUGUUAAAAAGACCGCAGUAUAUUGCGAUAAUGAAGUCUCAUCUUGAAAACCGCCGCAAAGAGAUAAACUUAGAUUUAUUAACGAAAUGAUUAGAUUUCUCAAUGGUAAUAUGAUCAGUAUUGAAUCUUGUAUUUUCGUUACGCUAUUGUAAACAUUUUAUCUAUAAUAAAAUCAAUUCUUCAUAUGAUUGAACAAAUGUAUCAGAGAGUUAUAUAUUAUUCUUAUAUGUUGAGAAUAAGACUGGAAGUAACGUUUGUGAUAUUUGGUCAAAAGAACUGCGCUCUAGGCCAUGUAUAACUUAUUUUGCAUUGAUUACAUAUUUUUAUAUCAAUUGCGUAAAUCACGCAAGAGCGAUUUUUAGGUUUUUAAACAAAUAUAUAUUAUACAAUAUGAAAAUAUGUAGUUUUAUCCAUAGUAGAUUAUCUCUUUCUUUAUUGCACUCAAUGAAAUGCCUAAAUACAUCCAGUAGAAAACAUUCCGGUCGAAAACGAAC